UGAAGGAGAGACGACUGGCAGGUCUCUUGGUGUGAACCCGAUGAAAACGCGCCGACAUGGCGUCUCCUCUCCUGCGCUCCGCCACAAACCGGAGCCGGAUGUGACGUAUGAACAGCUACACAACAGCUACGGGACCGCGUUGGAUGUCUGGUUGAUACAGAGAUGAGCGGUGACAACGUCAAGUUGUUUGUGGGGAACCUUCCUUUGGACGCGACUCACGACGAGCUGACCAAGCUCUUUGGUCCGUAUGGAGAGAUCAACACCUGCUCCUUGCUCAGACAGUAUGCCUUCGUUACGCUGAAGGGAGAAGGGGCAGCAGACAGGGCCAUACGGCAUCUUGAUGGCAAAGAGUACAGAGGCAGGCCCCUGGUGGUAGAGGAAUCCCGUGCACGCCCUCCCAACUCCACAAAAGUGUUUGUGGGGAACCUCAGCGCAACAUGCUCAGCAGAUGACUUGCACGGGCUGUUCUCAUCCUUCGGGAGAGUUUUGGACUGUGAUAAAGUCAAAGCCAGAUUAUGCUCAAAUGUCGGCUAUGCCUUUGUGCAUAUGGAGAGGAAGGAGGAGGCUCUGGUAGCUAUCGAGGGUCUUAACGGGACCAUGUACAAGGGGCGCCAGUUGGCUGUAGAGCUGUCCAAAGCCCAACCUUUGAUCAACCAGAUUGCAAUGGCUGGAAAUUCAAACAACUCUGGAGGUGGGAGAGAGGGUCUUCUUCCCCGACCACCUCCAUCACUAGAGCAUCACCAGAGUCAAGCAGCUGUGCUAGCAGCAGCUGCCGCAGCUGCAGCGGGACUACCAAUACAAGUUCAACAAAGUGUCCAUAACUCAUUCUACAACACCACAUCCUUUGACCCAACCUACGCUGCUCUGAAGGGCAUUACAAGUGCUAAAGGUGCAGACGGGGUGAUAUACGGUGCUCUUGCCAGCCAGGUAUAUGGGACCGUUGCUGACCAGGUGUACCACGAUCUUGCCAAUCACCACACUGGAGCCAGCAUCCCCGUUGAAGAGGUGGAGCCACAGACUGGACCAGAUCCAACAACGCUUUUUGAGGCAGCAAGAGCCAAGUUCUUUCAGGAAGGACAGAAGGUUCUGGCAGAGCAGCAGUCAGGAAGAAAGGCAGCAGCUUCAGAUACUGAGCGGGACCGCAGCCCGAUCAGAGGAAAUCGAGCCCCGCUCCUUCCGGACCCUGUUCCAGGUUCCUUCGCUCAGAUACGACCCAAACGACGCGCCCUGCUGCCGACACCACCCGGCGCACCGGAAGAGCCCCCUGCUGCCACCACUACUCCUGAAGGGUCAGAUCCUGUAGCUAGGUCUUACACCGAGUACUACCAGCAAAUGCAUCAAUACCAACAGUAUCAACAGUACCAACAGCAGUACCAUUACCUGCAGUAUGCCUACACCAAUCCUCCUCCUCCCCCACCUCCUCCGCCUCCACUGGCCACCGCUCAGGCCUCCACCACAGCCCCUGCACCCCCAGGGACAUACUCGGCACCCCCAACAUAUGCCGCAUCGGGAGCCUACCCACCGCCGGGAACAUAUGGCGCUUCAGGAAGUUACGACGCCUCAUCGGGGAGCUAUGACGCUUCGUCCGGGAACUACGAUGCCUCGUCAGGAAGCUACGACACCUCGGCAGGCUAUGAUGCAUCUGGAGGCUACGGAGCAUAUGAUUCAUCAGGAGCUUACGCUGCAGCGGGAAGCUACUCCACAUCCACACCGUAUGAGCAGACAGCCGCACACGGGCAACCCAUGCCCCAGCGCCAUGAUUACCCUUACCACACGCCAGAACCCCCUUAUCGAUAGUCCCAUCCCCCGCACACUCCUUCCACACUGCAGAUGUGUGUGUGCGCUCGCGUGUGCAUGUGUAUUUACAUAAGGGACAGUUUAAAGUGGAAAAUCAGAGAGGGACGAGCAAGAGUGUAAUUCGAAUGUGCUUUAAAUCUGAAGCAUCUCCCCUUUUGUACAUUUUAACCUAGUCUGUAACUAGCCAGCCUGUCAGUUAAUGGCUGUUAAGAGGGUGAUUAUAUGGGUUAGCAAGUGGACACAGGUGGAGAUGAGUGGGACAGAUAAUACUGGAAUAUUUUCAAGCAUUUGGUUUUUUGUUGGAUAUUGUAGAGGCACAGCUGGUUCCUUGUUGAAUAUGAAAGAAGCUUUAAUGUUUCAUUGGUUAAGUUAGACCAGGGUUGGAUUUGAUAGAAGCUUUUUUGUUUGGUGCCGGAUUGAGGCCUCUUACAUACUCUACAUAAAAAUCUGCACAACAAUGGAUGUUUCCGUGAAACGUGCCCUCCAAAAAUGUUUUAACUGCAUCAUUAUCAUCAUAUGCAAAGCUACACAUACUGCUUAAUGACUAACAAAUAACAUAAGUUUUCUCUGUUUAAACAGAGUUAUGUCUAAACAGGUGAAUGGUGCCUUGUCAAAACGAGGAAAUCUUAUACUUUGUUAACAACAAACUUUCCUUCCUCUUGUCAAAUAUUUUGAGUCUUUUCUUCCACACUGUCCACAUUCAAACCCAUUGUAGAGUUUGUAACGGGCCUACUUUGAAAUUUGCCGCAUUCACCCAUUUGUCAAAGCCGUCCGGGUGUUUUAUCGGGAGACAUUUGAUGAUCCGUUGUCAUCUUGCUAAAUAAUUUUCACCUAGUAAACAUUUAGAAUGUGUCUUAAUUGACCGGUUUGUCGUACGAGUACGUUUUCAGGCUGGUUUCACUGAGCAUUUAAAGCCACUGAAGCUGUUGGGUCAUGAAAAUAUUAGAAAUCCCAAAUCAACACAUUGGACUCAUAGGUCGAUCAGAUUAUGUUGCAGCCUCCUUCACUGCAUCAGAAGGGGAUUUUGUGGUUGCCCGUGGGCAUGAAAGAGUUUCUUGAGACAACCUGAUGUUUUUUGCGGUGUAAUGAGUGCUCACGGUCAUCCUGUUUAACUGGGAGACUUUGUUUAAUUUAUGACAAUAUCCAGCGAUAGCCAAUACCGUUUGACAUGACUUCGAUAACAGGGUAAAAAUACUGAGGGGAAUGUUUCAGCAAUUGGAUUGAAGUACGUAACUUUGACGUCCUCCUCAAGCAGUUUGCCAUAAAUUACGUUAUUUGAUUUCUCCCCCGCCCCCGCUUUUUCCUCGCUUAGCCCAAGCUAGCACAAACACAAAUAUCACUGAGUAGUUUCAGUCAAGUUUUUUGGUCAAAGGACUGCACCAAACACAAUAAUCAUUGAGUAAUUUUGUAAUCAUUCACCUUUUUUUCUGAUUAAAGUUUUCUCUUGAGUAUCUCAGAGCGUCCCAUGUGAAAAGCAAGUUGAAUGCAUCCACAUCUUUCUCUAAUUCCAAUUCUUUACUUUAAAUACCAGCCUGAAGAUAAGAAGUUCUGUUGUUGUUGGUUGUACAUAUUUGAAUUUAUAUAAAAGUCAGAAGGAUGGUUGCAAAUAUUGUUUGGCCAAUUAUAUGAAAAGAUUCUGUGUUUUAUAGAUACGUACAUUUCCAGUUGGUUUUUGAUAUUUUCUAUCAUUAAGUUUGUUUCAGUCUCAUCAGCUGCCGUCACACUUCAUCUCACAUUGGAAACCACUGGCCAUUUAGAGGGAAAGUUGAACAAGUUUUCAUGCUCGAAAAAUUUACAAUUUGCUACUUGUAUAAAUAUUUUAAACCAAAAAAGUAAUUUCAACCAACAUUCGGUAAGAAUAUUGACUCUUCAUGUUGAGAUGGAGUGAUUGUUUCUUCCCAAACAGUUAAAGAUAGUGACUAGACGAGAUGAAGUAGGACUGUUGAGUUGUUGAACCAGCCUGUAAAAAAAGGCAGCCUUUGGUAUGGCUGAAAAGGAUUACGGUCUUGCUUGUAGCGUGUCGUGAGUGGUGUUAAACAUGCUAUAAAAUCCGACAUGCAUCCACGUUGAAGUGCAGGUUCUUGAAAUUAUAGAGAGAGAAAAAGUGAGAAAUCACUUGAGCUGACAGCUGGUACGAGUGUAUCUCUUCUAAAUGCGGUGUUGUGGUGUGUUGCUGUUGUGCGCUGCGUAUGGUUCUUCUCUGAGUGGAUAUGAGGUGACAGUCUCGACGCUGAGGGUGAACGCGGAGGUUGAUUUGGUCAAGGUCGCUGACUGUCCCAAGCAUCAGUGAGAAGGGUCGGUGACCUUUCCUUUUCCCCUCUUCUGAUCUCAAAAGAAACACACAGUUGGUUUUGACACACGGCUAAGAUCACUGGCUUUCUCUGCAUCCAUGUCACACCUAGAAAAGUUGUUUGACUCCACACCUAGAUGCAUUUUCAAUUUUGGUUCAUUGAUUUCAUUUAAAGUAGCUCACACGUGCAGAUGAUACUAACGCACAACUUAUUUCACCUGAAUUUCAUAUGACUUGAAAGUUGUCCCGUUCAUGAUUGUACAACAUACUAGUUAUUCAUCCUGUUCCUUAUUCGCCACCUGAAUUGGUAGUGCUACGUUAGGAUUAAGUGACAGAUAGCCUCUCCACAUUUCCACAUUAUUCCACCUUCUCCAUGUGAACUGUUAGUUGCAUGCCUUGUUGUUGCUGCUGCUCCAGCCACCUUCUUCCUCUUGCUGAUUAUUGCAGCUAGAGUGGGAGGGAGCCAAACUGAGCCCUUGCCCUGGACGUACGCCACACGCAGCUGUAGCGUGGGAUGGGGAAAACAGCAGCGUUAGGCCUGAAACUGCUGUGGACGAUGGGGUGGCCCCCCACUAAGGUAAACACUCAGACCACACACUCCUGCCCCUCCCUGAAACACACGUUAUACACUGACAAACACACUCAUACACAGACAGACACCUUUGGCCAUACUAUCUAUUCCUCAUCUGUCUUCAGGGAUUUUUAUUUGUCAGGAUUUCAGAUUUUUUGGAAAUGGAUCUCCCACUUUUUUUAAUGGGAGAUGACCCUGUUUUCCUGCUUUUGAUUUUCCUGAUCAUAUUCCGACAUUUUCCCCCCAAGCAUACUCUGCUCAUACAUUCCAGCUCCCAACAUACUGACUGCUCAAACACCAUCUUAUGAGGAAACGUACGUCGUCAUUUAGCCUAAAUCUGAAGCAGGCACAUUGCUGUUAGUAAACCCCGUAUCUGAUGGCCUGUCGGUCGAGAGUAUCAGGCAAUCACAUCCAGAGCUGAACGUGGGACAUUAGGUAGGAUGCGCUGAUUUAGUUUUUGUAAAUGUGUACCCCUGGGGCCACUUUGGGGUUAAGUGCCUUGCUCAAGAGCACGUCUGUAGGCCCUCAAUUUCAGAGUUGAAUAACCUGGCUCAGGAUCGGUUGCUGGUUCAACGACUCCCCCUCUCCCCCCAAAACAGCGAUUUUUGAUGCCACAUUCAAGUUGUAUGAAUGACAAUGAACACAAAUAUCAUUUUGUUUUAAAUUACAUUUUGUUCUAUGUUCUUCGACAUGCUUAAUUAUCAAUAAAUGAAUUUCAUCUGAA